UGCCCCACACGCAGGAAGGCUGGGUAUGCCGGAGGGCCCCUCACCCUGCGCUUCUCCUUCCUUCAGCUCCAUGGCACCACAUCGAGAACCUGGACCUGUUCUUCUCUCGCAUCUAUAACUUGCAUCAGAAGAAUGGCUUCACUUGCAUGCUCAUUGGAGAGAUCUUUGAGCUCAUGCAAUUCAUCUUUGUGGUGGCAUUCACCACCUUUCUUAUUAGCUGCGUUGAUUACGACAUCCUUUUUGCCAACAAAGCGGUAAAUCACAGCCAGCAUCCGAGUGAGCCCAUUAAGGUGACUCUGCCAGAUGCCUUCCUGCCUCCAAAUGUCUGCAGUGCAAGAAUCCAGGCAAACAGCUUCCUCAUCUGCAUCCUGGUGAUAGCUGGGGUUUUCUGGAUCCACCGACUUGUCAAAUUUAUCUACAACAUCUGUUGCUAUUGGGAGAUUCACUCCUUCUACAUCAAUGCCCUCAGAAUCCCCAUGUCCACCCUGCCCUACUACACCUGGCAGGAGGUGCAGGCCCGCAUCGUGCAGAUCCAGAAGGAGCACCAAAUCUGCAUCCACAAGAAGGAGCUGACGGAGCUGGACAUCUACCACCGCAUCCUUCGCUUCAAGAACUACAUGGUGGCCAUGGUGAACAAGUCACUGCUGCCCAUCCGCUUCCGCCUGCCUCUGCUGGGAGACACCGUCUUCUACACGCGUGGGCUCAAGUACAACUUUGAGCUCAUCUUCUUCUGGGGGCCUGGCUCCCUCUUUGAAAAUGAGUGGAGCCUAAAGGCUGAGUACAAGCGGGCCGGCAACCGCCUGGAGCUGGCUGAGAAGCUCAGCACUCGAAUCCUCUGGAUUGGCAUUGCUAACUUCCUCCUCUGCCCCCUCAUCCUCAUCUGGCAGAUCCUCUAUGCCUUCUUCAGCUACACGGAGAUCCUGAAGCGGGAGCCGGGCAGCCUGGGUGCCCGCUGCUGGUCUCUCUAUGGCCGCUGUUACCUCCGUCACUUCAACGAGCUGGACCAUGAACUGCACUCACGCCUCAGCAAGGGCUACAAGCCGGCUUCCAAGUACAUGAACUGCUUUAUCUCCCCACUCCUCACUAUUGUGGCCAAGAACGUGGCCUUCUUUGCUGGCUCCAUCCUGGCUGUGCUCAUCGCUCUCACCAUCUAUGAUGAGGAUGUACUGGCGGUCGAGCAUGUCCUGACCACAGUCACCCUGCUCGGGGUGGGCAUUACGGUGUGCAGGUCUUUCAUCCCCGACCAGCACCUGGUGUUUUGCCCAGAGCAGCUGCUGCGAGUCAUCCUGGCGCACAUCCACUACAUGCCUGACCACUGGCAGGGCAAUGCCCACCGCUACGAGACCAGGGACGAGUUUGCCCAGCUUUUCCAGUACAAAGCGGUCUUCAUCCUGGAGGAGCUCCUGAGUCCCAUCAUUACGCCCCUGAUUCUCAUCAUCUGCCUGCGUCCCAAGUCCCUGGACAUCGUUGACUUCUUCCGCAACUUCACUGUGGAGGUGGUGGGUGUGGGUGACACUUGCUCCUUCGCUCAGAUGGACGUGCGACAGCAUGGCCACCCAGCGUGGAUGUCAGCAGGAAAGACGGAGGCCUCCAUUUACCAACAGGCCGAGGAUGGCAAGACGGAGCUGUCCCUCAUGCACUUUGCCAUCACCAACCCCAAGUGGCAGCCUCCCCGUGAGAGCACAGCCUUCAUCGGCUUCCUGAAGGAGCGAGUGCACCGGGACAGCAGUGUGGCGCUGGCUCAGCAGGCUGUGCUCCCAGAAAACGCCCUCUUCAGCUCCAUCCAAUCCCUGCAGUCGGAGUCAGAGCCUCACAGCCUGAUUGCCAAUGUGAUAGCUGGCUCCUCAGCACUGGGCUUCCACAUGGGCCGGGAGGGACAGGCCUCCCGCCAUCUCUCAGAAGUGGCCUCAGCCUUGCGUUCCUUCUCCCCACUCCAGUCUGCCCAGCAGCCUCCCAGCAACUUUCAGACAGGAGGAAGGGAUGGAGAGGGAGCCCAGCCUCGGGGUGCCAGUGCCAUGACAGCCUCUGGUGCCGAUGCGAGGACCGUGAGCUCGGGGAGCAGCGCCUGGGAGGGUCAGCUACAGAGCAUGAUCUUGUCGGAGUACGCCUCCACUGAGAUGAGUCUCCAUGCACUCUACAUGCACGAGUUGCACAAGCAGCACACCCAGCUAGAGCCCGAGCGUCACACUUGGCACCGGCGAGAGAGUGACGAGAGUGGGGAGAGCACCCACGAGGAGCUGGAUGCUCAGCGGGGUGCCCCUGUCCCCAUCCCUCGUUCUGCCAGCUACCCCUUUUCACCACGGCAGUCUUCUGAGGAGACAGCCACGCUGCAGACCGGCUUCCAGCGGCGAUACGGUGGCAUCACAGACCCGGGCACAGUACACAGAGCCCCAUCACACUUCUCCCGCCUCCCGCUGGGAGGCUGGGCUGAGGACGGGCAGUCGGCGCGACACCCAGAGCCUGUGCCAGAGGAGAGCUCAGAGGAUGAGCUUCCACCACAGAUCCACAAGGUAUAGCCUUGUAGACUGGGGAUCUCGUGGGGUUUGCAGACUGGGAGCUGCCUGGGCAGCAGGAUGUGGCGUCAUCCUGAUUCUUCUCCUGUCCUGAGUGGACCGGUUAGUCCCGGGCUCCAUUUCGUUGCCAUCAAUUGCCGAAAAGACAAAACUGCCAGGCUGGCGGCUUUGCGGUGGCACCUUGUGUCCAGCCGUGUGUCAACGCCACUCUUGACUCUUGUGGGGUGAAUGCGUGUGUGAGUACAUACAUGUGUCUGUGUUCACAUCUGUGUCGUCCGUGUCGGAGGAUCGCUGCAGAGCCUGCGAAGCUGACGUGACAGGACUAGUAGCGGGCAGCUGUGGACUGGCUCGGAGGUGGCAGCAGCAGCUACUGUUUGAGGGGAUGUGAGAUGGCACCAGCUCCAGAUAUCUGCCUGGAGCUGGGAUCUGUCUCCAGAGUGAAGGCAGGAGCCAUUCAGGGGGGUCUAGCUCAGCCUGUAGCACCACACCUGCCCUUGCAGCCCUGAGGAGGUGCCCAGGACCAUGCUCAUCCUCUGGAGAGGACCGACGUUGUGCCCCUCAGCCCAGAGCAGGACAGCAGCGGGGCAGUCAAUCUCUGCCCCAGCACCCUGCAGAGUGAUGAGCCCCGGCUGCUGCUGCUGUUGGUAGGGGCAGGAUCUAGAGUUGGUGGGAACAGCUCUGGCUGGGAUCCGGGGAUGCUGCAGCCCUUCCCUGACUCUCACGACAGCUGGCCUGUCCCCUGCACGUGAGGAAGGGGCAGUGGGCUGAAAGUCCUGGGUCCCUGAUGUCCCUCCCAGCUGGCAGCCUCUGUGCCAUACCUCUGGGCUAGGGCAGUGUCCUCCCUGUGCAGCGCCCAUGGGCUGCGGGCUGCUGUGGGCCCUCCUGCAGUGCCAAAGAGACCCCAGCAUGGGGCAGCCCGGCAUCUCCCAGGGGUGCUCGCAGCCCCCUCGGAGCCCACCCUGCAGGUCUUGUUCUCUGUCUAUUGGUUCCCUUCCCCCAGGCAUGAUAAAGGCCUUUUUCCCAUGCCCA